GCGGGUGAGAGGUCGCGGCGGCGCCGAGUCCAUGGCGGCGGCCGUGACGGCGGCUUGAGGCGGCACCGGUUCCCUUCCCACCCUCCGACCAUGCACAGCCUGGCCACGGCCGCGCCUGUGCCAACAGCACUGGCUCAGGUUGACCGUGAAAAGAUCUACCAAUGGAUCAAUGAGCUGUCCAGCCCCGAGACACGGGAGAAUGCACUGCUGGAGCUGAGCAAGAAGCGCGAGUCUGUGCCUGACCUCGCCCCAAUGCUGUGGCACUCAUUUGGCACAAUUGCAGCACUCCUUCAGGAAAUUGUAAAUAUUUACCCAUCAAUCAACCCUCCGACUUUGACAGCCCAUCAGUCCAACAGAGUCUGCAAUGCUUUAGCUCUACUACAGUGUGUUGCAUCACACCCUGAAACGAGAUCAGCUUUUCUGGCAGCUCAUAUUCCUCUCUUCCUGUACCCCUUCCUGCACACAGUCAGCAAGACCCGUCCAUUCGAGUACCUGCGGCUCACAAGCCUCGGAGUCAUUGGGGCCUUGGUGAAAACUGACGAGCAAGAAGUGAUAAAUUUCUUAUUGACAACAGAAAUUAUCCCCCUGUGCUUACGUAUUAUGGAGUCGGGAAGUGAGCUCUCCAAAACGGUUGCUACAUUUAUUCUUCAGAAAAUCCUCCUGGAUGACACAGGGCUGGCAUAUAUCUGUCAGACUUAUGAGCGGUUUUCCCAUGUUGCCAUGAUACUGGGUAAAAUGGUCCUGCAGCUCUCCAAGGAGCCAUCGGCACGGCUGCUGAAACAUGUUGUCCGCUGCUAUCUUCGCCUUUCUGAUAACCCCAGGGCACGUGAAGCUCUCAGGCAGUGCCUUCCUGACCAGUUGAAGGACACCACCUUUGCCCAGGUCCUGAAGGAUGACACCACCACAAAACGCUGGCUGGCUCAGCUUGUCAAGAACCUGCAAGAGGGUCAAGUCACUGACCCACGGGGCAUCCCUCUUCCUCCGCAAUGACUGCUGGGGGAGGUGGGGCACUGGGGAAGAAACAGCUCAGGUUUACAAAGAACCAGGAACAGGUGACCUCUUCUGCAACAAACUGGGCACGCCAGCUGGCUGCCAGCCUGUCGGACCACCCCACCCAGCCAAAGGGCUGCUCUGUAGCGGUGCAGCAAGCCUCUGGGGAUCCCAACACCAGCAAAUGCUGAUACUACAGCUUCAAAAAAAAAAA